GCAGUAUAUUCGGGAUUUUGCGAACGCACACCUCUUGCGUCAUACGCAACCCAUUCAUUGAUGACCUCCUUCAACUUCUCUACCUGGCCUCCACAGCUAAAUCCAGAGCAAUUAGAAGCUCUGACGCUCGCCGCAACAACAUACGCGCUCUCGCACGGAUUACUUUACCUUCCACCCUCCCAAUCACCGUCCAAUACCCAACCACGCAUACCAACUACCGCAAUCCAUGCCCCCCUCUCACUCAUUCCCGCGCCCUUCCCCCGUGCGCAAUUCCAGGCUGCAAGAGAGCUGCAGAAAGUAUAUAACGUGCUCUACGCACGCGUAGCGAUGGAUACACAAUUCUUAGAUACAGUAAUGGGUGCCGAGGAGGGCGUAGGAAAGGCGGAUGAGUUUACUGGGACGUUAUGGAGGGGAUGGAAGAGGAUCAGGGAGCACGGCGCACUAGCACAACCGUUGCACCUUGGCCUGUUUAGAUCGGAUUAUCUGUUACAUGCCGCGGAAGAUAGACUUGCACUGAAGCAGGUCGAGUUUAAUACUAUAUCUUCGUCCUUUGGUCCGCUUUCUGAGCGUGCGGCUGCUAUGCACAGAAAUAUCCUGGCGUCCACCUCCUAUUUUUCUGCAUCUCCACAUCUUACUGCAGACAAUUUUCCAGAGAACAGCACCACCUCUGGUCUCGUUGAAGGUCUUUCCAAGGCUCACGAAGCGUAUGGCGUUCGAGAGGCGCGCAUCCUGUUCGUCGUGCAACCCAACGAACGUAACGUUUUCGACCAACAAUGGUUAGAGUAUGGAUUGCUCGAGAGACAUCAAAUCCACGUCGUCCGUCAAACACUCACCGACCUAGCCGUCUCUGCAUCCCUCGACCCCUUCACACACGCACUCAUAAUCACAUCCCCGACUAAUGCCUCACCAUACGAAAUAUCCACGAUAUACUUCCGCGCAACUUACACUCCCUCCGAUUUCCCAUCACCCUCCUACUACGACACGCGUUUCCUCCUAGAGCGUAGCCGCGCCAUCAAAUGUCCCUCUCUUCCCCUCCAACUUGCAGGCGGGAAGAAAGUCCAAGAAGCACUGACGCGCCCCGGGGUACUUGAGCGCUUCCUCAGUAACGAAGGCGCAAAAUGGGGCGCACACGCUCUCGAUCUCACAGCACAUGCAGCAGAUGUCCGGGCCACCUGGAUGGGCAUGUGGGCGCUCGACUCGGAAGAUGUUGAUAUCGCCGCUGCGCUUGAUCGCCUCCCGGAUUCAGGACAAGCACAAGGAAGCGUACCGCCCGGAACACGUCUCGCGCGCCUUAAGGCCCAGUCGCUCGUGUUGAAGCCCCAGCGUGAGGGAGGUGGGAAUAACGUCUACCGUGAAGCCAUUCCUGCGUUCCUAGAUACUCUGCCCGCUGAAGAGCGUGAAGCAUGGAUCGCAAUGGAGAUGAUCGAAACACCACGCGGGGUGAGCGGUUAUCUCGUACGCGCAUCUCCGUCGAGUUCGGAUACGGACAAUGGGACCAUAGAGAAGAAAGUCGUACGCGUAGAGGUUAUCUCUGAGCUGGGUAUCUUUGGGUACGCGUUAUUUAGAGAGGGAGAGGUGGUGGAGAGGGAGGUGGGAUGGCUUGUGAGGACCAAGGGGACAGAGAGUAAUGAGGGCGGUGUAGCAGCUGGGUUUUCAGUGUUAGAUAGCGUGGUGCUUGUUUGAUGCAUGUGAUUUACAGGAUGCAUCAGUGGACUGGCGAGGUUAUAUACAACAAUAUAUUGUGCAGAAUCACGAGCAUCAGAGCUAUGGACCAUCACAUUGUCAUAUUUGACCUUUGAUUUACCUACACAUGGUUAUGAUCGGGAAAAGACUACCGCAUUUCUCAAACUCGAAAGACGGAGCAAAAGCUAAUAAUCAAUACGAUCAACUGUGCGGGGUGAAUUGCUAUGGACUUCAACUUUAGGCUUUGUCACAGGAUGGGUGAGCAUCUGAUCUCAUUGUACUUUGACGGUGUGUGCAGUGGUCCAUGGUAAUAACCGCAACUGGGUCCGCCAUAUUGAAGUCAUGCUGGAGAAUUGCUUCUACUGCUGUUGAGAUGGAGGAGCAUACUCGCUUCAUGAGAGGGAUACUGAUUACUUGAAUGUGCAGGAGAAAACGGUUGCGAUUGCGGUGCAGGAAAUAGUAAAUACUCAUCGGCCCG